CAGGAAAAAUACAGAGGGAAAGACCGCGUGCCGGCACAGCUGUCGAGAGAGACGCGGAGUCGUAAGGGUGUGCAUAUAUGUGGGCGUUCUUCUGCGCCAUUAAUCUGCGGCCGUCUAUCAGCACACCUCGUUCUCUGCCUCGGUAGGCUGCUGCUGUUUUAGCUUUCUCGUUUGUUCUUUUUUGAGAUUGUGCGUAAAAUUUUGGAGGAGCAGAGAGGAAACCGUUCAAUGGCUCUUCGUUUCGAGAAAUUGGGUGAGGGCCAUGGGGCGUUAGUAACGGCAUUCAUGGUAGUUUCCACCACAAAGCUCCCCCACAGGCUCCAUUGCUGUCGCACCUUCAUAGCAGCAAAGGUCAAGUGGGUUUGUGACCCAUACUUAGAUACAGCAGUCUCUAAAGAGAAAGACCUCAAGCAAGCCAUCUGUCUCAAGAACCAAAUCAUCUUUUCACCCUCCAAGUCCCUCCCUCUCUCUUCCCUCUCCCUUCUCAAAAGCCCUCUCCAUCUCUCCACCACUGCCUCUAAAUUCUUCCAGAAAUACCCCUUCAUUUUCCGCCAAUUUCAGCCAUCUCCCUCCCUCCCCCUCCAUAUCAAGCUCACCCACUUAGCCUACUCCCUCCACAAUGAAGAGCUUGCUGUCCACAAAUCACCGCCUCAGCGGGAUGACGCGGUAAAGCGGCUUGCCAAGCUAUUGAUGCUUGCCAGAGCCACAAGGUUGCCCCUUCAUGUCAUUGAUCGAUUCAGUUUCGAUCUGGGUCUUCCGCAUAAUUACGUCACUACACUUCUCUCUGAUUACCCAGAAUAUUUUCAGGUUUGUGAAUUUAAGGAUUGUGUCAACAAUGAAGAAACUCUUGCAUUGGAGCUGGUUUCUUGGAGAGAGGAAUUGGCAAUGUCUGAGUUGGAGAGGCGAAUGGCGGAAAACAAGGAUCUUGGUAUGCGGAAAGGGAAGCGAAUCGCUUUCCCCUUGACUCUCCCAAGAGGGUUUGAUUUGACAAAGAAGGUGAGGGAUUGGGUUGAUGAAUGGCAGGAUUUACCCUAUAUUUCCCCAUAUGAGAAUGCCUUCCAUUUGUCACAACCAAAUGGGGACCAAGCUGAGAAGUGGACGGUGGCAGUCUUGCACGAGUUGUUGUGGUUGCUUGUGUCAAAGAAGACAGAGUGGUGCAAUAUCUUAUGCUUGGGAGAGUAUUUAGGGUUUGGUUCAAGGUUUAAGAAGGCAUUGAAGCACCAUCCAGGGAUUUUCUAUGUUUCAAAUAAGAUUAGGACGCAAACUGUGGUGCUUAGAGAGACUUAUAAGAAGGAUAUGUUGUUGGAGAAGCAUCCAUUGAUGGGGAUGAGGUACAGAUAUAUUCAUUUAAUGAAUAUGAUGAAGAAGCCAUGAAGAUCAAUUAAAUCGUUGGGUUCAAAUGAAAAAGAGAGGCCAUUUUAUCUGGUUCUGACAAAGAGGUAGUUGAAAGUGGAAGAGGAGGAUAAGAGCAGACAAAUGGUUCAUUUGAUUCGGCAAUUGAGGGUGUCGGUCUUGAUGAUAUAAUGUAGGUAAAUACUGGUAAUUUUUAGAUGAAUAUAUGGGUACAUUGCAACUUAUGCGUAGGAAGCUCAGUUAGGGGAAGAAAAUUCAUUUAAAGUCUUAUGUGGUGGCUUCUAUUAUGCUUGGAUUGGAUAUUUCCUCAAAUGUUUCCUGGCUGCCUCACUGAUCAGAUGUUGAUCAGCCCUGAAGGUGUCAAAGUUAUUGACACUGACUUCUAUUGCAGUUGGGUCGUUAUAUGCGCGCAAGUGUUUCUGGCUGUCUGGCCUGGUUGUUUAAUCACGGCAUUGGCAUUCAUUCGGUGGAGUCUGAUAAAAUCUCCGAGAAGAAACAUGUGAUCAAUCCUAAACAACUGCAUUUCGUUCCAAUGCUCAGACAUGAGACGGCAUCAAAGUUGAUCAGCUCUUCUUUCUUGACCACCCUGAUGACUAUAUAAUCGAAAUAUGCAACUGUAUCAAUCUCCGGUUCUUCCACUUUCGUCGUGCCCUCUCAGUCACCAGAUAUGCCCCCAUGCAUGAGUCAUUGCAUUACCAUACUUUCAAGGUAGGUUACCUAAAAGUUUAUUGAUAUGACUAUUAACUAACAUAGCCUGACAUGACAUGGGUUUCCAGCUUAAGCUUUGUCCUGUGUUUCUGAGCGAUGGAUCCCUUCUUUGUUUUACUGCUUAUAUAACGUUUCAGUCAACAGGAAUUUUCAGUGUCGUGUAUAUCUAUAUGCCCGAAUGAGAAAUAAAAUCGAGUCUAUCUCUUCCUGGUCGAACAGGUAGAAUUCUGCA